GGGAGAAUCCGGGCCCAGAAAACCUUUCCCCGUGAGAGAGGCCACGGCGGACCCCAGGUGCCAACUCCCACGCCUCACGUGACCCGGGGACCAUGAUCUGAGGAGUCGGAGAGGACCGAAGAGGGCCAGCUCCCUCCUCGCCGUCGUCGGGCCCGGCCAUGAGCCUGCAGGCCCAGCCCAAGGCUUCCGGCAAGCGGACGGGCAAGCGCAUCUCGUUCUUCGGGGAGCGGGACGCGGCCCCGGGCAAGGAGGAGCGCCCGGGGCCGCCGAAGGAAGGGCAGUACUACGGGGCCGCCGGGCCCGUCGCCCCGGGGGCCGAGCUGCCCCCCGGAAGCCUGGCCCUGCUCGGCUCGGUGGUCUACGGCGCCCAGGAGCGGGGAGAGCCCCUCAGGUGGCAGAACCCGGCCGCGGGGAGGAUGCCCGACAGGGGCGACGCGGCCUGGCAGGCGGGCCUGUGGAACCACGGCCUGGCCGUCUACGGGGGCCCGAAGGGGCCCGCUCCCGCCGGGGCGGGGGGCCCGCCCUUCUUCGGCGCCCCCGAGCCGGGCCCGGAGAAGGGGGGCGCGGGCCCGCGGGCCCGCUACGGCGACGCGGCCCGGCUCGAGGCCUUCCACCCUGCGGCCAAGAAGCCGCCGGGCCAGUCGCUGCCCCUCCAGCCCUUCCAGCUGGCCUUCGGCAACCAGGUGAGCCGCCACGUGUUCCGGCAGGCGCCCCCGGGCCCCGGCCCGGCCCCCGGGCCCUCCUUCCCGCCUCAGCCGCAGAAGCAGCAGGCCCUCCCUCAGCUGCAGCUCUUCGAGAACCUGUACCCGCCGCCGCCGGCGCCGCCCCGGCCCCCGCCGGACUACGUGCUCCGGCCGGCGGGACCCCCCCGGACCUUCUCCUCCGCCCGCGAGCUCAACCAGGAGCUGCUGAAGGCCCUCAUUCAGGCCCCCGGACAGGCGGCCGUCCUACCUCAGGCCCCCUUCCCGCGCCGCUCCCGCCGCCUCUCCAAAGAGGGGGUGCCACCCGAGGGGCCCGCCCCGGUUCUGACCGGCGGAGGCCCGUUCCCUCAGCGCUGGCCGCCUCCGCCGCCCGGUCCACCGUACCCGCCCUACCCCGAAGGCCCGGCCGUCCAGAGGACGGCCUGCCCACCCCCUCGGCCGGAGCCCAGGGAGGCGCCCCCCGGGGUGCCCGUCCCGGCCCCGGCGGCGGACGGGGCCCGGAGGCCCGGGGACGCCGGGCCCCUGGUGAGGGGAGGCGUCAUCCAGAGCACGCGGCGGCGAAGGAGGGUCUCUCAAGAAGCCAACCUGCUCACCCUGGCCCAGAAGGCCGUGGAGCUGGCAUCGCUGCAGGACCGCCGGGACGAAGACCCCGCGGAAGGGCAGCGGAUGAGCGUGGUGGAGUUCGCCGGGUCCUCCCCGCCGCCCAAGCGGGUUCGGGAAGACAGCGGGCUGGUGCCCCUCGUCAUCCCCGUCUCCGUGCCCGUGUUCCCGGCGGACCCGCAGGAGGAGGGUCGGGACGCCCCGGGCGGAGGGGGCAGGCUGCCCCACGUCCCCGCGGCCGAGCGGGGACCGGCCGACCGCAAGCCGUCCGUCAUCGUCACCCGCAGGAGGUCCAACCGCAGCAUGGCAGCCGAGCCGCCCGCCCAGGGCGAGGACGCCGCCAAGAAGGACGGGGGGGACGCCCCGGUCCGGAGACCGAAGCGGCGGCCCCGGCCCGAGCCCCUGUUCAUCCCCCCGAAGGCGGGCACCUUCAUCGCCCCCCCGGUCUACUCCAACAUCACCCCGUACCAGAGCCACCUGCGGUCCCCGGUGCGCCUGGCGGACCACCACCCCGCCGACCGCUGCCUGGACCUGCCGCCCUACACCCCCCCGCCCAUCCUCAGCCCCGUCCGCGAGGGCUCCGGCCUCUACUUCAACGCCAUCCUGUCCGCCGCUGGGCUGAGCGCCCCGCCGCCCGGCACCCCCAAGAGCGCCCAUCGCACCCUGCUCCGCUCCAACAGCGCGGAGGUCACGCCUCCCGUCCUCUCCGUGGUGGGGGAAGCCACUCCGGUCAGCAUCGAACCGCGGAUCAACGUGGGCUCCCGCUUCCAAGCCGAAAUCCCCCCGCUGCGGGACCGGACCCUGGCGUCCGGGGACAGGCACGGGGCCCAGCUGGUGUGGCAGCCGUGGAGGGGCCUGGGGGCCGACGGGGAGAGCCAGGGGCGAGUGGAAGACCUGCUGACGGCCGCCUGCUCGAGCAUCUUCCCCGGGGCCGGCACCAACCAGGAGCUGGCGUUACACUGUCUGCACGAAGCCCGCGGCGACAUCCUGGCGACGCUGACCAAGCUGCUGCUCCGGCACCCGCUGUGGCCGCCCGACCACCCGCUGGCGGAUUAUCACUACACAGGCUCAGACCGGUGGAAGUCGGCCGAGAAGAAGCUCUUCAACAAAGGCAUCGCCAUCUACAAGAAGGAUUUCUUCCUGGUGCAGAAGCUGAUCCAGACCAAGACGGUGGCCCAGUGCGUGGAAUUCUACUACACGUACAAGAAGCAGGUGAAAAUCGGGCGCAACGGCACCCUGACCUUUGGGGACGUCGAGGCCUCUGAGGAGAAGACGCAACAGGAAGAGGCAGAAGUGAACAUCAAGAGUUCCCAGAGGUUUUCCCGGGUCCAGAGAGAGGCCCCGAGGCCGGCGCGGAGGGAGGCCAGGAAGGAGGCCUCCCCGGCGGAGGAGGAGGAGGAGGAAGAGGAAGCACCGGAGCGGAGCCGCCGGGCCGCCGCGUGCAGAGCCGCGCAGACACUACAGGCCGGCGAGGCGGUCCACGACGCCUUCGUCCUGCGUAGCCACGAGCCCAACGCGACCGGGCCGGCGGGCGGCCACGCCGCGGAGAAGGUCCGAGACGGGGCCGUCAAGUCCCGCCGGACCCUGCCUUUCACGGAGAAGAAGGCCGCCGAGCCCCUCGGGAAGACCCAGAACCAGGAGAACACUUUCCCCUGUAAAAAGUGCGGCAGGGUGUUCCUCAAAGUGAAGAGCCGCAGCGCCCACAUGAAGAGCCACGCGGAGCAGGAGAAGAAGGCGGCCGCGUUGAGGAUGAAGGCCGAGGAGGAGGAGGAGGCGGCGGCCGCCCCCCAAUUCCAGAAGGGACAAGACGGCGGCGGGAGCAGCAGCGAGAGCGGAAGCCCGGGCGCCAGCUCCGACGAGGAUGGCGGGCCGUAGCCCCGGGGGCGAGGACUCGGGAGGGCCGCUCCUCCCCGCUCCCCUCCCGUAGGGAGGACGGACGGACGGCAUCCGGCCCGGGAAAGGCAACGGAAAAUAUCGGAUUUUAGGGUUUGGGCCUUAGGGGGCCAAAAAACCCCCCCACAAUCCAACCAGCUCUUAUUUAUAAAAGCCGCCGGAACAGGGUGCCCCGGGACCGUCGCCCCGGGGGAGACCGUGGAGCGGUCGGCCUGGUAUUUAUUGAGCGCUUACUGUGGGAUCUCCGUCCUGAGCGCCUCGGAGGGGACGGAAUGGGUGGACACGUUCCCCGCCCAGUUAAUCGGUGGCAUUUAGUGAGCGCCUGCUGUGUGCGGGGCACUGUGUUAAGCGCUUAGGAGAGGGCAGUACGAUAAUAGACAGGUGCAUUCCCCGCCCCAGGCGAGUUUCUAAUCUAGAAGACAUCAAAUGGGUGUUUUGUGUCCAACCUGAUGACCUUGUAUCCGCCCCAGCGCUUAGAACGGUGCUUGGCACAUAGUAAGCGCUUAAGUACCAUUAUUAUUGUCAUGACUGUUUAGAUUCAGGACCCAAAAUGAGUUUUCCACUAAAAUACCCCCCACCCAGGGCCCUGGUUUUGGAGCCUCAAGGUGGAGCAAGCUUAUUUUUUUUAUUUUACGGUAUUUGUUAAGCGCUCCCUAUGUGCCAGGAAAUGGACUGAGC